AUGCCAGUUUUUCACACGAAAACCAUCGAAAGCAUUCUCGAGCCGGUGGCUCAACAGCUUCACUAUGUACUCGCUCUUGCCGAGAAGAAUGCGGCCAGUGUUGACACGAUGCACCACGUCGACGCCAGCAUGCCGAAUUUGUCGCGUUCGCGUAGCGCGUUGGCGUUGUCGCGUGCGUCGAGCCGCCGCUCGAUUCCCGAGCUCAUCGCGCCGGACACCGUCCGCCACUUUGUCACCGACGAUGAUUGUCCCGUCUGUCAGCUAAUGAUGCCAAAAGGUCGCGAUGGAUGUGUUUCUAGACUAGUGAUUCUCCAUGAAGAAGCGGAAGAUGGAAACGCUAUGCCAGACCUUACCAGGCCUGUUAGCAUGGUCUCAAGAGCCGUUGACAAUCUUAUUAAGGUUGGAUAUGACACUUGCGAUCAUUCCGACGACCGAAUUCUUCAGCAGGAUAUGCCGCCCGCACUUCAGCGAGUUGAAGGCUCCUCGAAAUUCCUUGAGGAAGCUUGCAUGUCCUUGAAGGGCGAUCCAUUCUCGGUGCCGGCUCGUAAGAAGCUUAUUGAUGGGGCUCGCGGAAUCCUUCAAGGAACAUCGGCUCUUUUACUGUGCUUUGAUGAAUCGGAAGUGAGGAAGAUCAUCCGCGGUUGCCGCAAAGUUCUUGACUACCUUGCGGUUGCCGAGGUCAUCGAAUCCAUGGAAGACUUGGCGCAAUUUGUGAAGGAUAUCUCGCCGUGGCUCUCCCGUGUGACAUCCGACGUAAAUUUGCGCCAGCAGGAGCUCACCCAUCAAGUGCACCGCGAGAUUCUCAUCCGCUGCUUGGACUCGAUCAAAACCUUAUCGCCGAUCCUCAUUUGCGCCAUGAAGAUCUUCAUUCAAAUCAAUAACGAUCCCGCGCAGCGAGGAUCGGCGGAAGCCGCUGAGAAUCGCAACUAUCUUGCUCAGAGAAUGACUGAUGAGAUGAAUGAGAUCAUUAGGGUGCUUCAACUCACCACCUAUGAUGAGGACGAAUGGGAUGCCGACAAUGUGACGGUGAUGCGGAAGGCUCUGUCGGCUGCCAAGUCACUUCUGACUGCUGCCCUUGACUGGCUCGCUGAUCCACGCGCAAGAGCUGGAGCUAUAGGAGAGAAGGCGAUCCGCAGGAUUUGCGAGUAUGCUGACCGAAUCGCCGCUCGAGCGCUUCCUGAAGACUCGAACAGCAUUAAGCGCAUGAUUUAUGAGAUCACCAGCAUGACAGAUCAGCUCUGCGAUUUGCGCAAUUCUGGUAGAUAUGAUAGCGAAAAUCUUGCUGCGCAGUGCGCUCAACGGCUCAAAGAUCUCGUUGGAUCGAAACACAGCUCGGGACUGAUGGGCGACGCGCUUCAGAACGCACAACGACAUGGCGGCGCGAACCCAGCGCAUACCGCCGCUGGAAGAUUGGAGCAGGCUCUCAGAUGGCUUGACAAUCCUGGAGUUGAUGAUGGAGGACUUGGACUUCAAGCGAUUCGAUUGUUGACUUCUGACGCCAGAAAGCUUGCCGAUCGUCUUAAUCCACAAGAUAGAAACCGUUUGCUCGGCAUGUGCUCGGAUAUUGACCGACUCGCCGCACAACUCGCUGACCUUGAGCGCCGCGGACUUGGCAACACGCCUGAAGCGCACCAGAUUCGCCAGCAGUUGAAGAACGCGCUCAAGGAUUUGGGCGACUUCAUGCGGCGUGUCCUCACCGAUCGUGUUGUUGACGAUUUCGCCGACAUCACCACACCACUCAAGCAGUUCGUCGAAGCUGUCCACGCCGACGAGUAUGAUCCACAUCGCGAGACCAACUUCACUGAUAAGUCGCACAAACUUAAUGAUCAUGCCCACAGCAUGACGACGACGGCACGACUUGUUGCUAGUUGCGGGCCAUCGAAGAACAAGAAGACAGUCGAAGCGAUUCUGGAUACCGCCGAGAAGGUUGAUCAGAUGACGCCGCAGAUUGUCAAUGCUGGAAAAAUCCGAUUGCAUAAUAACAGCGAUCAUGCCGAACAACACUUUGAGAAUAUCCAUAGGCAAUAUGCUGAUGCGCUUCAUCGCUUGAGAUCGCAUGUCGACGACGCCAUCGAUACCGGAGAGUUUGUCAGAGCCAGUGAGAAUGCUAUGAGAAAGUACACGCAUAACUGUGAGAAUGCAAUUUCGUCAGCGGACGCUCAGGGAAUGGUUGAUGGCACUUCACAGAUCGCCAGAUUAGGAAACCGAGUCCUCAUGACCGCCAAGAAUGAGGCUGACAAUUCGGAAGAGCCGUCAUUUGUGGAUCGCGUGAACAAUGCGGCGUCGCAAUUGCAUUCAGCCAUCCCACCAAUGGUGAACAACGCCAAACAGGUCGCCAUGAACCCGCGCGAUCAAUAUGCUUCAAAUCAAUGGCGUGGAGCCAACGAUCAUCUCUUGAAUAGCGUUCGCGCUGUCGGUGACGCUAUCACCGGUGUUCCACUCAACGGAAGACAAUCUAGCUAUCAGGAGAGCAUCUCGCGAGCUUCACCAUAUGCUCCACCGCCGCCGAGCACUCAAGUGUUGAGAAGUGUCACUGCUUCGCCGCCGACUGGACCGAUCAUCCAUAACAAGAUGAUCAUUCGCGAGGAGAUCCCGGCGCCACCGCGGCCACCACCGCCGGUUGAGUUGUCGCCGCCACCAAGACCGCCACCGCCGCCAGAGUAUGACGAGGAGGAGGAGACGCGAGCGUUCUGGGAGCGAUACCCGUUGCCACAGGCCAGCCAUCAACCGAUCUUGUCAGCCGCACACAACUUGCAUAAUGAGCUCAAACAAUGGUCGUCACAGGAGAAUGAUAUUGUCGCGGCGGCGAAACGAAUGGCGAUUCUGAUGGCGCGACUCUCACAGCUUGUCCGCGGCGAGGGCGGCACCAAGAAGGAUUUGAUUGAUUGCGCCAAGGCGAUCGCAGAUUCGUCCGAAGAGGUCACCCGAUUGGCGGUGCAGCUUGCUCGAAUGUGCACUGAUAUCAAAAUGAGAAUGGCGUUGCUGCAAAUUUGCGAACGCAUUCCGACGAUAGCCACUCAGCUUAAGAUUCUUUCAACCGUUAAGGCCACAAUGCUCGGAUCAGCGACAACCAUCGGACCAUAUGGUCAACCAAUUGAGGGCAGCGAAGAAGAUGAAGAAGCCAUGCAACAACUUGUACUUAAUGCUCAAAACCUUAUGCAGUCUGUCAAGGAUACCGUCCGAGCUGCUGAAGCGGCGUCGAUCAAAAUCCGCACAAAUUCUGGUCUUCGCCUCCGCUGGUUGAGAAAACCAAUGUGGUCCAACUUCUAA